AUGUCAACCGAUGAAAAGAUGUAUAUGUCUUAUAACAACAUCCAUAAGUUGUGCCAAAAAGUCGCAAAGCAGAUUAUGGAGAAAAAUGAAAGACCUGAUGUGAUCAUUGCGAUUACUGGUGGUGGCAUGAUCCCUGCUAGAAUCAUCAGAUCAUUUUUAAAAGUUUCUGGUCAAAAGAAUAUUCCAAUUCAGGCUAUUGGUUUGUCUUUGUAUGAGGAUAUGGGUUUGAACGAUGUCGAAGCUAUUGGAAGGGAAGUCAUUAGAACGCAAUGGUUGGAUUUUGGCGCACUAAAUGAGCAUUUUGACUCUUUGAUUGGUAAGAGAAUUCUUAUUGUUGAUGAGGUCGAUGAUACAAGAACUACGCUUCAUUAUGCUGUGACAGAGUUACAAAAAGAAGUCAAGGAGCAACAAGCGAAGUUGAAUAGAAUGAAUGAGGAGACUAUCUUCUCUAUUUUUGUUUUACAUAACAAGGACAAGCCAAAGAGAGCUGAACUUCCUGCCUCCAUUAUGGAACCUGGUCGUUACAUGGCUGCUGAGACAGUACCAGACAAGUGGCUAUGCUAUCCAUGGGAAGCCACCGACAUUGAGAAGCAAACCCAGUUAGCCAUUGAACAAGGUAACGACUAA